AUGAUGAAUCUGGGCAUUAUACGUCCUUCAUCUAGCCCAUGGGCCUCACCACUGCACAUGGUGCCAAAGAAGUCCCCUGAUGAUUGGAGACAGUGCGGUGAUUAUCGAGCCCUAAACAGGUCCACAAUCCCUGACCGGUACCCCAUUCCCCACAUUCAUGACUUUUCCCACAUGUUAGCCGGCAAAACUAUUUUUUCCAAGACAGACCUCGUCAGGGCGUACCACCAAAUCCCGGUCGCUGAGGAAGAUAUCCCAAAGACCGCUAUCACGACACCCUUUGGGCUGUUCGAAUUUAUUCGCAUGCCUUUUGGUUUGCGCAAUGCCGCCCAGUCGUUUCAGCGCUUUAUCGAUGAGAUCUUGCGGGGCCUUCCAUUCGCUUACGCCUACAUCGACGACAUACUCGUCGCAAGCUCUUCGGCAGAGGAACAUGCCUCGCAUUUACGCCUCAUACUCGAUCGUUUCCAGCAACACGGUUUGCUAUUAAACGUCGACAAAUGCGUUUUUGGCGUUAAUUCUCUCGAUUUCCUUGGCCAUCACGUCGAUCAGCACGAAAUCACUCCACUUACAGAGAAGGUGCAAUGCAUCUUGUCUUUCCCUGUUCCCAACACAUUCACUCAGCUGCGACGUUCCAUAGGCCUUAUCAACUAUUACAGACAUUUUAUUCCCCAUUGUGCGGCAAUCCUGGCUCCCUUGACUGACCUUUUGAAGUCGAAAGCAAAACCUAUUGAACUUUCACCGGCAGCCCAUACAGCUUUUGAGGAAGCGAAAAAGGCUCUUGCUGAUGCCACCAUGCUGCACCACCUCAGCUCUGACGCUCAUGCACAGCUCAUUUUGACCACCGACGCUUCCAGCAGUGCUGUCGGCGCAGUCUUGCAUCAACAGAUGAAUAACCAGUUGCAGCCUUUAGCUUUCUUUUCACAGAAGCUACAACCGGCGGCGCAGACUCGCUACAGUACUUUCUCUCGCGAGCUCCUUGCCGUCUACUUGGCCAUACGUCACUUUCGACACCUUUCAGAGGGCAGAGACUUUUCGGUCCACACCGACCACAAGCCUCUCACUUACGCCCUGAAGGCCAAGCCAGAUCGGUACUUGCCCAGGGAAGUUCGUCAACUGGACUAUAUUUCGCAGUUUACUGCCGACAUCCGCUACGUCCGAGGCAGCGACAAUGUCGUUGCUGAUGCAUUAUCCCGUCCGGACAUCAACACACUCACAUCCGAUUUCGACCUGGCGAGGCUUACAGACCUCCAAACAGCAGACGAGUCCAUCGCGGACUUACGUACGUCUACUACUCUGCAGCUUCGAGAUGCACCACUUCCUGCGUCACCACGUACGAUUUUGUGCGAUUGGUCCACAGGCACCCCUCGUCCUGUUGUUCCACUAUCCUAUCGUAAGGUCUUCUUUGACCACUUUCACUCCCUCUCCCACCCUGGCAUUCGCGCUGGACGUAAGUUAAUCGCGGCUCGUUUUGUUUGGUCGAAGAUGAAUUCCGACAUUGCUCUUUGGACCAAACAGUGUCUCGCAUGCCAGAAGAACAAGGUUCAUCGACACACUAUCUCCCCUCCAAGUACCUUUGCGGUCCCGGACGUUCGAUUUAAUCAUGUUCACUUGGAUUUAAUCGGACCGUUACCCCCUUCACGUGGGUACACACAUAUACUGACGGCCUUACCUUAA